AAAGUUUGUUUGAAAAAAGUAGCUUUCUGAAUACACUUGUUUGAAGGAGUGGUGGGGGGAUAAGAAAAGCAUUGGGGGCCAGAUUGUGAGUAAUCUAGGUUUGUGCUUAAUAUGUAUCAGCACCCUUGGGGCAAAGGGUGGUGGCUAGGACUGGAGCGUGAGACCCACAGAUGUAUGUGACAGAAGCUUCUGGAAAUCAGUUUUUCUUGCAAAGUUGAGGAAAAUGUAUUUAACUGGUCAGUAAUAACGUUAAUUUUGAACAGAGUUCCCAUUAAUUUUUCAGAUAAAGGACUAAGAGUUCAAAGAAAAUUUGUUUUUCAAGAUAUCCUCCCUCACUCUUCACCAAAACUCUGAGUAAUAGUUAUGCACGAGUGCGAGCUGUGGUGAUGACCCGGGAUGACUCAAGUGGCGGAUGGUUACCACUUGGAGGGAGUGGACUAAGCUGCGUCACUGUCUUCAAAGUCCCUCACCAGGAAGAGAAUGGCUGUGCUGACUUUUUUAUCCGUGGAGAGCGACUCAGGGACAAAAUGGUGGUUUUGGAAUGUAUGCUUAAAAAAGACCUCAUUUACAAUAAGGUCACUCCAACAUUUCACCACUGGAAGAUUGAUGACAAGAAAUUUGGCCUUACCUUUCAAAGUCCUGCUGAUGCUAGGGCUUUUGAUAGAGGCAUUCGAAGAGCUAUAGAGGAUAUUUCUCAAGGAUGCCCAGCAUUUAAAAAUGAAGCUGAAGGUGCAGAAGAUGACUUACAAGCAACUGAAGAGGAUACUUCCAGUUCUCUAGUGAAAGAUCGUUUCCAACAAGAGACAGUUGUUACUAGUGAGCCUUAUAGAAGCUCAAGACCUUCUCCUUUUGAAGAUCUGAAUGCCAGAAGAGUCUACUUGCAAAGCCAAGCCAAUCAGAUAACGUUCAGUCAUCCAGGCCUAGACAUUCAGGGUAGAAACACAGAAUAUGUACAGCGGCAAAUAUCCAAGGAAUGUGGAAGCCUAAAGUCCCAAAAUAGGGUCCCUUUGAAAUCAAUCCGACAUGUCAGCUUUCAAGAUGAGGAUGAGAUUGUCAGAAUAAAUCCUCGAGAUAUCUUAAUACGUCGCUAUGCGGACUACAGACAUCCUGAUAUGUGGAAAAAUGACCUGGAGAGAGAUGAUACUGACUCCAAUAUUCAGUUUUCUAAACCAGACAGUAAAAAAUCAGACUAUCUAUACUCUUGUGGGGAUGAGACUAAGUUAAGUUCACUCAAAGACUCUGUGGUAUUUAAGACACAGCCUUCCUCAUUAAAAUUUAAGAAGUCAAAACGAAGAAAAGAAGAUGGUGAACGUUCUCGCUGCGUAUACUGCCAGGAAAGGUUUAAUCAUGAAGAAAACGGCAGAGGAAAGUGUCAGGAUGCUCCAGACCCUAUUAAAAGAUGCAUAUAUCAAGUUAGUUGCAUGCUCUGUGCAGAGAGCAUGUUGUAUCAUUGUAUGUCAGACUCAGAGGGAGAUUUUUCUGAUCCCUGUUCAUGUGACACUAGCGAUGACAAGUUCUGCUUACGAUGGUUAGCCCUAGUAGCUUUGUCUUUCAUUGUACCAUGUAUGUGCUGCUACGUCCCUUUGAGAAUGUGCCAUCGUUGUGGUGAGGCAUGUGGGUGCUGUGGAGGGAAACAUAAAGCUGCUGGAUGAAAGGAUCCAGUGCCAAAAUGAGCUUAAAUCUUUGUUUCCAGGAAUUAGCUAACUUGGAUUUGUGGAAGCUUUUGGCAAGCAAUCUGAAAUCUUGCCUGGUAUCAUUGGGGCCACACGCGGAGGAAGCAGAACUCUUCAGUUCUUGGCGUUUCACAAAUGCCAGCCAUGCCUAACUUUUUCCCUUGAGUGCAUGGCAUGUUUUGUUACAGGUUGUAAAGAGUAUUUGCAAAAGGAAACCAUUUCUGGUUAUUGGCUAUAAAAAGUGAGCAUAAAAUAUGAUCCAACUAAAAGGGAUUAAUUUUUGGCAUUUUUGUAUAUUUAUGCAUUAGGUGAUGGGACUUUUAAAGGUUUGAAUUCAUUAAGACGUGAACUAAAAGUGCGCUAAGGGGACAGUUGAUUUCAAUCUAAGAAAAGUUAACACUUGGGAAUUGUAAGACGUAAAAGAAGUGCAACUAAAUCAUUUAUUAGUUGUUUUUUGAAAGCAGUUUUAUGUAUAAAUAACAAAUGUUUAUAUUUAACUAAAUAUAAGGUACGAAUUAUUACAUAUUAAACUUUUCUUCCCCUUCCUAGUUCUGAGGUAGAUGUACAUAUAUCUACUAUCACAUUCCAUUAUAUUUUGAAUAUUUUACUCAUCCUAGUUAAUAACGUUUUUAUUCCAUGUGAAUGAUUUGAUAUUUUCAUCCUCAUUUCCCUUUGGCUACAGUUUAUAUUGAGUUAUAUCUGUACAUUCUGGUAAUCUAAAAUCCUUAAAAAUAUUCUAAUAGCCUUGAGUGACCAACUUUUUUUUAAAGCACAGAUGUAAUUGUCUAAUGUUCUGAUGGGAACGUAACACUUAUUUUUAUAUAAAAAGAGACUGAGUAAACAUUAUAGAAAAAAGUGAGGUUUUUGGGUUGUUGUUUUGUUUUUUUGUGGUAUUCAACCAGCAAGUUGUUUUCUUUCAGAGUUUCCUCCUUCAAAAAAUUCUAUUGCAUUUACAAAUGUUUGACAAGGCAAAAAGUGUAACUGGAUAGUCAGUAUAAAAGUGUCCUCCUGAGAUCUCCAUUCCUCUCUCUGCUAAACCAGAAUAUGUUCAGCUGUGUUACUAAUUUCUUAGCUUAAUUCUCAGUACUUAUUAUUCACAUAACAGUAAUUUUUCUCAGUUGCAUUUUAUUUUAUUUAAACUGGCCAAAAGCAAAAUCAUUUUGUGUUCAAGUGUGUGCUAAACUAUCCCAGGAAUGUAUUUAAUCCAACAUUGUGAAUGAAAUAUCUUGUACAUAUAAAUAGAUUUCUUCUGCAGAACAUUGUAUUACUGGAUGUUUUAUUUACAAAACAGUUGGAUAAAUGUUCCAACAAAUUGUUUAAAAUACUUUGGGGUCAAAUUGUCUUUUUUAAGUGUUACGUUACAACUCUCGCCAAGUAAGGGGUUCUUUAAGAACAUUCCCUGAGAGGGAUAAAGUUGAGAAGUGUGCCUUUUUUUUAAUGGCUUGAAGUUUCAGAAGUGAUAAAAACUAAAAUCACACUACCAUUUGAAGCUUAUUUUCUAUGCAGGUUUUAAAAUGUCAUUUAUGUAUCAUUCUUUUUACAUAUCACAUUUAAGCUUGUGUUUGCUUUCUUCUUUUGCCCCAGAUCAAACUGAACAAUGUAUAUAACACUAUAUCUGUCUGUAAAAUACUUUUUUUUUAAGAAAGCAUUUAUAUUUAUAUGACAGCUUGAACUGACAACAUUGUGUAUAUAGAUCAUCUUGAAGUAUUAUUUCACAUUGAAAAGAAGAAAAAUAUAUUGAUAACUAUAGACGUUAUGAAGAAGAAGUUAUUUCUAGUUUUGUACUAAAAAUCAAUUGGAUGAACUAAAUCCAAAACGUGACACUGUGGCAGCAGUUUUAAGUCUUAUUUUUACUGUUUAUAUAUUUGGACGCUGCUACAUCAGAUGAUCUUCAUCCCUGAAGUUUUCAGCUAAACUUGGUUUCCUAGAAUAGACUGUUAACUUUCAAAAUUACUUUUUAUUGGUGAAAUAGAAAUAUUGGUUUUCCUUGUGAAUGAAUUUUCAUAUUUGUAAGUGCUGAGUUUAUAAUUCAGGUUUGAGCAAGGUGUGAAUAACUGAAGAAAAUAACUUGCUGGCUAUAUAGGAAAAUGCUGUGGAAAUGAACUGUGUAUAUACUUCUGGAAGAACAAAUUUAAUCAUUUCUUCUGUUAUGCACUAAUCGGUAUAGUGCAACUCCUGGUUCCGUACUGUAUUUUAUAUGCAACAUAUAUGCUUUAAAAUUUUAAUGUUUGUGCAUUAAUAUUUUCAAUUUGUUUAACCACUUUGCUGCUAAGAUUUUGCCGUCCCAUCCCCAUUUUUUCCUUUACAAUUUUAAACAAGUUUCUUCAUUAAAAACUAUGGUGAUGAAA